AUGCUUGCCCAGAUUAUGGUCUUUCAACCUUGGAUUAUAAAUAGAAGAAGAGAACGAGAAAUAAAGAAGAAUUUAUUGUCAGAAGUACUAAGACAUGUCCAAAUCAAUUCACUCGGGAGCAUUGUCACAAAUGACGGCAGGCCUGAUAUACCCAAUAUUAGAAGGUUGUUUGAAAAGAUUGAUCUUGAUGGAAAUAAUUUUAUAUCCCAAUCAGAAUUGAGAAAACUGAUUGGGGAUAACAAGUUUGGUAAAAUUCCUAGAAACGUGGAUGAAUCAGUUGUAAAACUGAUAGAAGAACUUGACACAAGUGGAGACCAGUUGAUUAGCGAGGAAGAAUUUGUUACUGGAUUAACAAAAUGGAUAAACAAAUCCAACGAUCAAGCUCCUCCUUCACUUGAAUCUGAGGACGAUAUCUACCAAAGAACUUGGGAAGAAACAGAUAAGUUGGUGGAUGAAGAGAAAAGCAGUGGUGGAGCUAUUGACGAGUCAAUAUGGGCUUGGGUGAAAGCUAUAACAUAUUUGGUUCUAGGGUUUGUUGUAUUGGCAGUUUUAGCAGAACCUCUUAUAGAUAGUGUUCAGAAUUUGUCCACAGCUGCAAGCAUCCCUUCUUUCCUUGUAGCAUUUGUGCUAGUCCCCUUGGCAACUAAUGCCAGACAAGCUACUUCAGCAAUUAAGGCAGCUGCAAAAAAAACUCCAAGAACCACAUCUUUGACAUUUUCUGAGAUUUAUGGUGGGGUGUUUAUGAACAAUCUUCUGGGAUUUUCUGUGCUGCUAGCUAUAAUUUAUGCUCGUGAAAUAACCUGAGAUUUUUCUGCUGAAGUUUUGGUAGUUCUAAUUACCUGCACUGUAAUGGGUCUCAUUGCAAGCUUUGUCUCCACCCUUUCCCUUUGGACAUCAUUCUUGGCUUACCUUCUAUACCCAAUUUCAUUGCUUUUAGUCUAUAUUCUCAAUGAUGUUGUGAAGUAUACUUGAAUUAAGUCCAAGGAUGUAGUAUUUUUGCAAAUUUUUGGAAUUAACUCUUUUUAAAGGCCAUAAUUUUACCA